AUGGUUGUAGUGGGGGAAAACAUUAGUUCAAACAGCAUGAAUAGUAUUUAAACCGGGCGUGCAGGUGACGUAGGUCGAUUGUUAAUGCCUUCAGGUUCAGACAGGUGAAUCUAUCGACCGCGGACGUUCUUGACUCGAUUACACCGCACUCCACGUACAAGUUUGUUUUAAAAUGGCGGCGGAAGCGACGAAACAGUUGAGGAAGCGCUGUUGAGAGAAGUGAGUUGGCGUCAGCAGCAGCAAGUGCACUCUGAGGAAGAGAGGUGGUGCGACGUGGUGCUUGUGUUUACCGGCCGCUUGUUUCACCUUCCCCCUCCACCUGUAGUGAGUUUAUUUGACAGCGGAUGACCUCCCUCCAGAGCCGUUUGUGUGGAGGAGCCAUGGGGGCGAUGGUGGAGCCGCAGUAGCCCCAGCAUCAUCAUGGAUCUCUCCAAGCGGACGCUACCUGGCAUCCACCUGUAGCGUCCACCGGCUGCGGCAUGGCAAACCCGAGCCUCGGCCCACAGAACCAGAUGGACGGCCGCUCUGGGGCGUCUGCUGGAGUCGUUGUGAAGAACGGCUCUUUGGGCAACGAGUCGAGCGCCUCCAACUCGUACGACAAACCCAGCUGUGCUUUAGCCAGUGAGCUGGUCCUGCCCAGCUACAAGCCGUCCUGCUCCUCCACUCCCAUCUACUACAGCAGUCCCCAGAAAAACUGCUCUGACUUGGACCCGGACCGCCACAGCUGGACCUCUCAGGACUCGGGGAUCCCCACUCUGGAGAUCAACCCUCCGGACCACGGCCACCAUCACCCGGGAGACGCCGCUGAAGACUGUCCCGCCACUUUACCUCUGGACCCGGCCGACAGCAAUGGCAUGCACAGGUCCUCCACCUUCCCCCGCAGCGGCUACGACUCCGUCCGACACUUCAGCCCCACCGUCAGGCUGACGGCCGCGUCGGGGCUGAGCGUCGGGGGCGGAGCCCUGAACCGCAGCGACGACAUCUCGGUGUGCAGCGUGUCGAGCAUGAGCACCGAGCUGUCCGUCUCCAACGAGGACAUCCUGGACUUCACCGUCACGUCGGACUCCAGCGCCAUCGUAACCUUGGAAACGGAUCUCAGUGGCUCGGCCCACUUCUCGGACGUGGCGCUGUCGCCGCCGGCGGGAGAAUUCCGGAGUCCCGGGCGAGGGCGUCCAGGCGCGGGCGGCAUGCAGCUGGACGACGGAAAGCUCAAGAAACUGGGAGCUUUUUCAAAUUUGUUCAACAGGAACCUGUUUGCCAAGAAAGUGAAGGACGGUCAUCCCACGGAGCAGAACAAUCCGGGUUGGAAGCUGUUUGGGAAGAUCCCGCCCCGGGAAGGCCCCCUGAGGGACCCCAAGAAAAUCCAAAAGGAAUAUGAAACAAAGAGUGGCAAAGCUGGACCUGGCAACCCGACGUCCCCCAGGCAGGGAGUGAGGAAGAACCUGGACUUUGAGCCCCUCUCCACCACCGCGCUCAUCCUGGAGGACAGACCUGCUAAUCUGCCCGCCAAACCUGCAGAGGAGGCCCAGAAACACCGACAGCAGUAUGAGGAGAUGGUGGCCCAGGCCAAGAAGAGAGAGCUGAAGGAAGCUCAGAAAAGGAAGAAGCAGCUGGAGGAUCGCUGUAAGCUGGAGGAGAGCAUCGGCACGGCGGCCCAGAUCUGGAACCAGGAGAUCCUACCCAACUGGAGCACAAUGUGUACCUCCCGGCGGGUGAGAGACCUCUGGUGGCAAGGCAUCCCUCCAAGUGUGAGGGGGAAGGUGUGGAGCCUGGCUGUGGGCAACGACCUGAACAUCACACAUGAGCUGUAUAACAUUUGUCUGGCCCGGGCGAAGGAGAAGUGGAGAAGCACAGCAGUUCCCACCGCCGACACCGAAGACGUUUUAGAUUCUUCGGACCGCGAGUCGAGCCUGGAGCUCAUCAAGCUGGACAUCUCUAGAACUUUCCCCCAACUCUGCAUCUUCCAGCAGGGCGGGCCUUAUUAUGACGUGCUGCACAGCAUUCUGGGAGCGUACACAUGCUACCGGCCAGACGUCGGCUAUGUCCAGGGGAUGUCGUUCAUCGCCGCCGUGCUCAUCCUCAACCUGGACACAGCCGACGCCUUCAUAGCUUUCGCCAACCUGCUCAACAAGCCCUGUCAGAUGGCCUUCUUCAGAGUCGACCACAGCCUUAUGCUGACGUACUUUGCAGCGUUUGAAGUGUUCUUUGAAGAAAAUCUACCAAAGCUCUUUGCACAUUUCAAGAAAAACAGCUUGACUCCUGAUAUUUAUUUAAUUGACUGGAUCUUCACACUGUACAGUAAGUCUUUGCCACUGGACCUGGCGUGCCGGGUGUGGGACGUGUUCUGCAGGGACGGCGAGGAGUUCCUGUUCCGCACGGCGCUGGGCGUGCUGCGCCUCUACCAGGACGUCCUGACCUCCAUGGACUUCAUCCACAUGGCUCAGUUCCUCACCCGCCUGCCUGACCUCAUCCCCCCUGACCAGCUCUUCCAGCACAUCGCAGCCGUUCACAUGGCCAGCCGCAACAGGAAGUGGGCCCAGGUCCUGCAGACGCUGACGGAGCAGAAGAGAUCUGGAGCCAGGCUGUCCGGAGCCGAGGCGCUGAGCUGAGGUCAGAGGGAAGGUCACACACUAAUCCUCCAGCUUUCAGGGCAUCCUGCACCUGAAAGAGACGGAGACACCCUCUCCUCUCCUGCCUCCCAUCAGCUUGUGGGGGGACUGAACUACUGUAGCUGCUGCGACGGGGCUCUCCUUCGUGUCGGCGCUCAGACCCUAAACCAGCAUCCACCAGGAGGGUCUGCCGGUCAGGAAGCUCCGGGAGCUGAAAGGAAUACGAGGCCUUAUUUUCCUGUUUUACUCCCCAACACCCACCACGAAGCCCAGCAGUGAACUGGAAACUGUAGCUGGGAAACGGUGAAGAUUGUAUCGCACUCCCACUGUCAUGAACGCCAGGCUGACUCAGAUCUCCUCAGGCGGAGGGAGGAAACCACUGAAGUUACUCCACCAGUCCCUCCACCCGGCGCCGGAUCCUCUGCUGUCGGCUACCUGAACCACGUUCCACUCGUCUUGUCUCUUUCUUCCUCUGGUUACCUUGACGAGAACCACAAACCCCCCCCCUUUUUUUCCCCUUUUUUUUCCCCUUUUUUUUUCUAGAUGUGUACCAGUCAGGGAACAUCGCUCUCAUUUUUAAUUUCCACCUUUUGCUUUCAAAAAGACCUUGCUAGUUUAAAAUGUGGCCAGUGGAUUCUGUUUGCACAUUUAUCAUUCCCUCAUGGUGUGUUUGCGUGUGUUUUAUUUAAUUAGUCAGGCUUGUUUUCUGAAUCAUUCCAUUCUGUCGCGUUAAAAUCCACAAAGCUGCAACUCGAUCACAUGCUGACUCUGCAGCUUCUAUCCAACAUGUAAGUACUGAAAACUCUUUGUUGAGGUCGUAUAAGCUGCCUGAGAAAUAAUUUUUAUUUUCCCAGGUGCAUCAAUAAAACUGGGUUAACUUUAGAAAAAAAAAAAAAUAGUGGAAAAGUUGGUCUAAACACUGCAGACGUAGAUUUCUUUUUCUUGCUUUUAAUGUGUUUGUGGUACAUUUCAGCUUUGUAGUGUCCUGGUGUGCGAAGUCUUUUUGUGGGAUUAUUUAAUAUUUAUCGAAAAUGUGACGAGACAUAAAAUUGAAAUGAAGGCUGUGGCGACGUUCCUCCUCAGCUAGUGAGAGGUGUGUGAACAUGUUGCAUCAGACAAACCGACACGUGUAACUGUGUUUUACUGUCGAGGCGGGACCGGUUUACUUGAUUUACUAAGUGAUCAAAGAAACAUUUUAUUCGUCUUUGUUAAAAUUUGACCAGAUGAUAGUUGUGAUAGUAAAAUGAACUCUGGAUUCUCAAGCAAGAUCUGCAGUUUAGAAUGUGCAAAUUCUGCCUCACUGAUGCUGUAAAUCCAAGAAAGAGCCAUCAGGGGCUGAUGGUGACACUUUAAGAGCUUUAAUAUAAAGUAUAAAUAAGCUGCAACAGGUCAUUGAUUCUUUUAAACAUGAAUGCAUGAAUUAAUGAAGUUUCCCAACAAACUAUUUUGCUUACAUUUUCCUUUAGCACUUUCUUCCAUGAGGCAGCCAUAUUGGAUCUUGAAGUUGCAGCUGGGGAGGCCCAUCCCACUUUUGGACCAGUCUCCUCCCACCUUUUGGGACAGGCUCCAAAUGUAUUUUGAAGACACAGUUAUCAUAGUAUGCAAGUAAAAACGAGAAAUGUUAAGAUUCAAUAAUUAUUCCUGCUGUCAGGGCCGUUUUUUGUUUUGUUUUGUUUGUUUUUUGCACCCACACAACUCGGAGCCCUGGGCUACUGCCCAUGUCGGCGCUUUCUAAAGCCUGCCUCGGAUUGCAGUUACAAUUUGUCAGCCAAUUUGUCUUUAAAAGUGAGGGAAAGUUGUAGCUAAAUUCUUCCAGAACUUUAUUGCAAAAUUAUUAUUAUUAUUAUUUUUUUUUUUUUUUAAAGUGUGAAUUAAGAAGCUGUGAAUUCAAAUUCUAUCCAGAAACUUCCCCCCACCUAAACACACACUACACUGCUGCUCCUGGUUUAAACUCUGCUGCUCCAAAGCGCAGCAGGAUGCAUUCGAAGUACAACUGGCUGUAAAAGCCUUGGAUGUUGGAGAUCAGAUGUUGGCUCUGCUUCAGUGAGACUUCUGUGGCCUUCACAGUGGAUUCACACUGUGGUAAACGUGUCAUCCCAUCGUAACCAGGUGACGCCUGCAUUUACAUUCCUGUCAUCUGUAAAGUUAAAGAAACGUCUUAAGGAUCCACAUAAAACAACUAAACACGUAUUUCUUGAAACUUUCCUUGAUUUAAAAACAUAAAAUAAAAUUUAAGUCCCAUUUUUAAUCUAAUCAGGUUGAAAGCAUAGAAAUCUGAUUGGAUAUGAAGGUCAACUGUGGAUAAAAUUAGUGUGUCCUCUUGCUUGUUUUGCUGCUGAUUUUAUUAUUAUUAUUUGGUUUUUUUGUUUUUGUUUUUUUUGAGAGGCUGCUUUUGUUUUCUGUGAAAAUCUCCUCUCCGUGGGACCACGCUCUAAAUACACCGAAGUCUUGAGAUGACUUGAAACCAAAAAUCGGUUCUGACUUGUCGGAUUCUUCUCACACAUCUCUUUUGGCUGUCUCUAUAUGGUUUUGUGUUUCUUUUCUGCUUUCACAUCAUCAUCUUUCUGCACCCUUCCAACCAACAUUCAACUCCUCUUCAGUGGUUUUUUAAGAAACCACACAGGACUGCAAUAAAGCUUUUUGCACAAACAUGUCAGCCUUUGCAUUGAGUUGUGCCUCGCAUCAUCACUUCAUGUCAUCGGUCACGGUUAAACGGGUUUCCGUCUUUUUGUUUUCGUGUUGUUCGCACUGACGUUGCCGAUCUUUUCUCUGUAAUGUGUGCUCUGUGGUAAGAAGGAAAUUGCACAAAGAUGUUGGUUUCUAACAUGUUACAUUAAAGGUGAAACCUGGUGUUAUCCAUCAACACUACCUGUCCUUUCUUUAAUCCACGGCACUUAAAACACACAAAAAAAAUACUCCAUCAGAAGUGUCAUUUUCUUUGGCUCAGUAAUCAGGUUGAUUUGUUGGUUUUAUUUUAUAUCGUCACUUUUGUUUUUUGUCUCUAGACCCGUGUGUUGUUGAGGACUGAGGGUCGUCAUGCACACUUUUCUCACUUGAAAGUGUACAUAAAUGAUGGUUUUAUCAUAAUAAAAAGCUCUACAUAC